UUCUGGAUGAGUCAAGGCUGAUACGUAAUUUGCUUUGCAGGAAAAUAAGAUGCUGUUGUCGUUACUGCUUUCUCUCUUCCUCCUUUUUAGCAGCAGCUUCGCUGAGGCAAAAGGUAAGCUUUGUUGGUCUUCCCUCUGAAAAAAUUAUGGCUCUAGUUUCAGAGAUUUUUAGCAUAUAGGUGAAUAUUAGUAAAUAACUUUAAAAUCAUAAUUAUCUCUUAACAGACACCUCUUAGGGAAAGACACUUAUAGAGACCUGUAGACCUAUAGUUAGCCCUUAAUUGUGUCGUUCUUCAGUCGUUUUCUCUGACUCGGUACGAAAGGGGAUACCUCCAUAACAACGGAUGUUUCCAAUAGUGUUGGCCUCAGCGGGGUUCGUUUCAGAAAGAGUUCAUUCAAGUGAUUUAAGACUCGAUUGCAAAAUAUUUUUAUAUAAAAAGACACAAAAUUUUAGUGAAAUGUUUUAAGGAAUUCAAGAGUAACUCGAAAUUAAAGGACUGGCUGGCUAGCUCACGCAAUCGCUGACUGCAAUUUUAGAUUUGACCGAAAAUCAACUGAUAUAGACGACACUCAAAUGAAAGUAUAAAAGAAAGGAAUAGAAAUGCAGUAAAGAAAAAGAAAACAGAGAAAAUUUUAUUGUUUUAUUGUUCAUUUUCUUUAUGCUAUACACACAAAAUAUACAUAUAAAUUUUUUUAAAAAUAUGAUCGUGAAACAAGGGAGCCCGUCAAGGAAGCAAAUACGGCUUGGAAUAGGAAAUUAUGUUACCUAAUUAAUAAUUACAAUACUGACUUCGGCAAUUUAACUCUUAGUACGCACAGUUUGUUUGGAACAUAGGAAACAAUUCUUAAAUGGAUAAAAAUAGAAAAGGCCGAACGUGUAACUCCAAAAACGAGAGAGAAAAGGUGAGAAAAAAUAAUGCAAGAAUAAACGAGGAAAAAAAAGAGCGAAAGAAGCGAAAAACUGCACACAAGCAUUAGGAGAGCUAAAGUGUGCUUAUACCAAGAAAAUAUGACUUAAGUUUAGAAUUGAACAAAGCAGUAAUUGGAGAAGAUCAUAGCUAAGAAACAUAUUGCAUUCGAAUAAACGUCGGCCCUAGUGUCUUUUCGUAAAGUCAGUUAUCUUAUUUUAAGAUAGAAGUGCGAUCUAGAAUGAUCAAUGAAAAAUUGUUAUGUGGACGCAGUUUUGUCAUUAAUAAAGACUUUUAUCUUUUUGUCAGUUUGAAUAUUGAAAAUCUUUAAACUAGAAAAGAUAAUCGGAAAAAAAGAUAGAAAAAUCAUUCUCUUAAAAUUUACUCGGAUUUUGACGACUUCUGACUAAUAAAGUGGUGGAAAUAAAAAGACAAAUUAAAAAAUAAUAUUAAUCAAAGUUUAUAAAGAAUUUUUCUCUCUUUUUGAAUAUUGGAAGGACCUUAGAUCACGAAAUGAAAGGUGUUUUCUUUUAUGUUAAUCCGUUAAAUGUUAGAAGAAACGAUUCAUAUACCGCAAGAGCGGCAUACGCAACUUACAACCUGUCCGGCAAUUUUUAGUUUGCUUUUCCGCAGCGAUCGUACGAAGUCGAAAGAUAUACAGUCAUUUCAGCCUGUUUGAUACAAGUUAUUUAAAAAAUAUAUUUGAAGUUUUUCUUCUUUUAGGACGGGCCUAUAAUUUUUAUACAUGUAUAAAUUAUAAAUUAUUAUUCCUACGUCGUAGUGUCGGAAGAAGAUCUAGCAGCAGGUACGCACUGAGUACGCUUCUGCACUCAUAAUUACAGCAUUUGCCUUUUUAAAAUCUGAUCGAUGGCAUCAUCUCAUGGCACCCAGCCAGCCAACGGCAGUUUUCUGUCAAAAGCUUUUAGACGGAAUCCAUCCCGACAUUGUGUAUAGUACUGUUCUAGCUUUCAGGAUGCAAAAACGUAUAGCAUUUAACAUUUUAGUCGCUGAAGGCGACGUGAAUACCGGCGCCGAAUAGUCACCGAGACGAACCCGAGGUGACUAUUCGCCGAUAUUCACGUCGCCUGAGGGGCAUCUAAUUGUUUUGGUAUAAUUACAUUGAAGAUUAUUCGAGAAAAUAAAAUAAAAAAGAGACAUAUUUUUGAAAGAUUUUGGGGCUUUAAGAUGUCGGUCGAGGGCGGCUCUGAUCGACAACAAGCUGGUUUUCUUAUGAUAGCUGCCUUCGGUUUUCCUAACGGAAACGAAACUUUUGGCAGACAUUUAUUUAAUUCAUCGUCUUCCAUGUUUUCUAGUUCAUUUGUGAACUCUUGCUGCUGUUGAAACCACGUAGAACAAAAUAGUUCGCAAAAGUUACCAAAAGUUGCCGAUACUUUAAAGCAAAAAAUGUAAACAAACAUACCAGUUUUCAGUACAGUCAAAACAAGGUGCAUUAUGGGAAAUGUGGGAGUGGCGUAUUACAGAAAAACUAAUGUACAGUCAACUCUCGCCUUGCGGACACCCCGCUAUAACGGACACCCCGAUAAUACGGACAGCAGAUAAAUUCCGGGCAAAAAUGAAUUACAGACGUUUGACUGAAAUAAACUCCCGCUAUUACGGACUCUCGCUACAGAGGACACUAACGUAAGGUCCCUACAGUGUCCGCUAUAAAGGGAGUUGACUGUGUAGCCCUUGAAAAGCGUAAAAAAGAAUGUGAUAUGGUUUAAAUUAUUCUGUUACAAGGUUUUUGUCCACUUUGAUAAAAUAAAAAUUACUCAAUCUUCUGGUGAAUUGCGUCUUAAACUAAAUAUAAACUUUUUAAUGCUUUCUAGAGUAUUCUUAAAGCUCUGCAGAACAAUAGCAAUAGGGAAACGAAGCUUUAGUUAGUACUGCUCUUUUACAAAUGAGCCACAUUUACUCUCAUGCAAGAAACACAACUAAGAUGCGAUAGAGAAACGCGUGAAAUAAGCCACCAGCAAAUUAAGUUUAUCACUAAGACAAUAUGGAAGAAACUACCGUCGCGGUUGGAAUUUUUUCGUUUAGAACGGGUCAGCCUCAGCGAACAAGACAACAUGCUCCCCCUUGGCCUCGGUAGGCUGAUCAUUUGGCCCCCUAUCCAUGUUACCGGGUCCAAAGCACGGAGAUGAGGUCUCAAGCAGGGGACUCCCUCUAAUGGCCUAUACGGGGAAACUCUGCCCGAAGGAGGUACCUUUGUUAAGUCACUCGUUGAUCAGAAGUACAUGAAAAUGUGAGGAAAUAUGUCAUUUUGGUGUGUAAAAGAAAAAGGCUAAUAAACCCAUCUUCCUGGAACUUCAAGUUAAAAGGGAUGCAGUGUCAUUCACUUGAAAUGUUAAAGGAGUACAAUUGGUCAAUAGAAGGUAUACGGAACGGGUACCUUACAGGUCAAAAAUGUUGGUUAAAGGGUAAGGGGAUGAACUUUGGGACGCUGCCUCCCCUUAUAGAACUUUGUUGAGUGCCCCCCCCCCCCCCAGGGUGUAGGUCUAGUUUAUUUUUGGUUCUUGUCAUUGCCGCCUAGGGGUUUUUCCUUUCUAAAAGGAAGAGCGGAGCUGAACUAAAAUCACAUGUGUCUUUUUCACUGAUUUUAUUUUUUCAUUCUUUUCUUAUAGAUUACGAAGUUCAGGUUAAAACGGCAAAUAAUAAUCGUGCCGGCACGGAUGCAUCGGUGCAUAUUAAAGUGAAAGGCACGCGGGGGUCCCUUAAUAAAAGAGAAUUAGAUAACAAAAAUCACGAUGACUUUGAACAGGGAAGGUAAGGAAAUUCUUUUGUAUUUUGCCUGGCACCACUCGAGUGAUCAUGGCGGGAUAAUAAUGGAAAAGCAAACAUCGUUAUAAAUAAAAAUGGUACAUAGAACUAAACAAAACGGUAACGAAAACGAUUCAACUAGGCUGUGGUGCUUCACUUUUACCUUGCAAAGUAUCAGCAAAAGUAUAAUAGGGAAGGGGCCAGAGAUUAGCAUUUUUUUUUUUGCCUUGGAUGGCAAAUUCCCAGGGGCGGGGACGAAAAAAGAGGGCAAAUACCCCGUCCUCCAUCAACACUGUAACAUUUUUCAUUGAUCGCACAGUCGUCGAGGAGUGACAGUUUAAGCAUUUUAAUGUGCGAAAUUUUUGUUUCAAUUAACGUCUGCGUUUGCAAUGGCGCUAUUUUAGUUUUAAAAAGACUCCCGCCGCGACGCACCAGUUUUUGGUUUUAGUAUUGUUAUAAAAUUAUUGAUAUCAAAAUUAAUAGUGUGCUGUAAAGUUAUCAUAUCUGUUCUGAAUAGUUUUAUAAAUAUGAAAGGAUGUUAUUCAAAUAAUAUCAACAGAAAUUUUAUUCAAUAAGCCAAAACAGUCUUGAUUCACGUCGAUAGCUCCCAAUUUCGCUUCGUAAUUCUGACUUGAUAAGAAAUGAAGGAAUGCAUGCAUAAAAUCAAGAACAUGUCUUUAGAACCCUCUACCUCUACAAUUUUUCCCGUCCUUGGCAGAUGAGCAGAUAUACUUGUUCUUCCACUAAAAUCCUCUGUGUCGUUAUCUUCGGGAUAGGAAACCACGAGCGUGUCAAAAGCUCAGGGAUGGUCCCGAGGUUGGAGUGCCCGACCCCGGGCAGCGCAAAAUUUAAGAAUGCCCUCAAAAUUUGCAGUACACCGGGACUGAUAAGGCGAAAAAAUGCCCUUCAGCCCUGUGACGGGGAGGGGCGGGGGGUGUUGGGAGCAGCUGGAAAUGACUUCUGCUUUUUUACCUUGAUAUCAUAAUUUGUCAGACCGACGAUUGUUUCAAACUGGCUCCUGAAGGAUAAGUAGUUGUAUGACUCAAAUGUAUUGAAAUGCCUUUCUCGUGUUUCUUGCAGUUUAGAUACAUAUCGUUUCAGUGACUGGGAUAUCGGAUAUGUUACAGGGCUCACGGUUUAUCUUGGAAGUGGUGGCUGGUUUCCUGCCUGGAAUCUGGACUACGUAAGUGCCAAUUUGUUUGGUAUAAGGGAAACAUGGGAGGAAGAACCUAUUAAUGCUUUGGACAAUGAUAAUAAUGGAUUAAUGAUAAUAAUGUGACAAGCCAAAAAGCUAAAUUUUUGCUUCCGUACGUGUAAUCUAACAGUUUACUACGGAAAAUAGGAUCAUUCCAUUUAAAAGCAAGAGCCCCCCCCCCGGACAAGCUAAGAGGACCGUGAAUUACCGAUUUACCCCCCUUUUUUCUCAUAUCCCUCAGAAGUAUUUAAAGAUCAAAGGUCUCGACACAGCCAACCCUUCAAAAAUAAACUUUUGGAGCCCCCUUUAGAAAAUCUCAUCCACAUAGGGAGGGGGAGUGGGGGAGGGAGAGGGGGAUAAUAAAUGGGAUUGCCCAUAUCGACAAGCUAUUGUUCUAUCCUUUUAGAUUCUUAUUAAGAUAGCUGGAGCCAAGGACGCCGUAUUCAACUACGGUGGCAAGGAGAUCGAUAAGAAUUCAGAGGUUACGCUGACCCGUAAGUACUGUUGAAAACGAUCAACGAAAGUUUGGGUCUCCUAAAGCCCCGGGAAGACACUCCCUUGUUUGGCCUACACGGGUGUGUGCAGCUGAACAGGAUAUGGUUUUUAAGGGUCUUGAGUCUUAAGAGGAGUAUUCGAUUUGACUUAAAGCGUCUUAAACACAAUGUCUUUUACACGUGAAACCCUUAUGAUGUUAGUUUGAAAAAUUACUCAAUUCUGCGUGCAAAGUGAAACGCAUGAGGAUCGAUCAUGAAAUAAAGUCUCUUGUCUUAAACAAUUUUUGUCUUAAAAGGGGUCGGUCUUUGAAGGCCUUUGCUGUACAUCUCUACCCAAAAUACCCUUCAGUGUCCCCCCGGAAGAGCAGGUCGUCAUGCGAUAUAGGACGCUUUAAUUAAUUUGCGUCACGUCCCCUGAAGGGGGCGUUACUGUUCAGGGGGGGGGGCGCCCUAAAGGGUACCUUCUUGAGGGCUCAGGUAUAUGCAAGGGUAGGGAUUAUACUAGUUGAAGUAUAAGAAAGGGGUGGGAAAUAUGUCAUUUUCAGUUUGCAUAAGGGCCUAAAAGGCCUAACAUAUGAAUUUUAUGACUUUUUAAAACCGAGAAAACGUUCUUGAUUCAUAUUAACCUGAAAGGCAGUGCAUUUACAGCAGUUAAAGAGGGGCACAAUUCUUAACUAGGUAUGUGAAAAUGAUACCAUUUUUCAUUAGAAGGCAAACGAAAGGGGCUCCUUUUUCGUGAAAAAUGACAUAAAAAAAUUAAGGUUAAGGGGUUGCAUCUCCGGGCGAACCUCCCUGUAUCAAACUUUGUUGAGUACCCCCAGGCGUUACGCGGCACUUACUAGAUGGCUACUGAGAAGGCUUUCACGUAGGAUAAAAACGUCAUCGAUUAUUAUUUUAUUUUUUGAGAUUUUCCUAUCUAAAGAUUUGUUGUCUCAAAAUAAAUAUUACUUAGAUGUUUUUGAGUUCUCCAAGCGUUGAAUAGUCCAGUUUCGAGUUCUGAAUGACCGCUGAAUAAAAAAAAAGUGAAGUCGCAUUUUUUACCGACUUAGUGUAGCUUCCAUCUGAAGUAAAUAUAUUCACAAAUUCUAACAAGAAAAAGACCUGUUUAUUACUCUGUCUAUUGUUUAUUUUCGAAGUUGAUUUUAUAUAUACGGUUCAAAAAUACAGUGGUAAAAUUUACUAUUUUAACUUUUUUUAAUCUUAUGUUAAAAAUUUCCUCCUGAGUUAUUAGAUUUUCAGCAAUUUUUCUCGUUACAUGUCUUUAGCAGAGAAAUGUGACAACAUUCGCAGUCCGAAAAUAUUACAAAUUUGGGAAGGGAAGGAAAAGAGUAACCUAUACUAAAACAAAUUUUUUGUUGUUUUCAGUUUCUUGCAAUGAUGGGAAUGUAGUUAACAGUCAAGGCUAUUGUGACGGUAAGUUGACUUAGACUGUACCAUAUCGUACAUUGUUGUAAUGAAAUAAAGAACUGUAAUUUGAUGAACUGUCCCGCUCUUAAGCUCAGUGCUGCUAUCCUUAUUUUUCGAUCGUUUAUCGAUACAAUUAGAGUGGGAAAAGCAUUUAUGUGGAUCCCAUAACUCAUGGUAUCAAUUGUUGAGAGCGUUACUAAUAUAAAAUUGCUGUAUGUUUAGGAUUUUCAGCUACUUUUAAAAAUCAAUUUACAAAAUUAAAUUUAACCGAAAAACAUCUUUGAAAACCUGACCAAAACCGAAAAACUUCUUUUCCAGUUUUUUGUUUGCGAGACCUGACAAAGGCUUCAAAUUCAAAUGAUUCCAUUUUUUUUGUUUGGGAUAUGUAGCUUGACAAGAAGUCAGAAGUGAAUUGAGAAUUAUUCAUAAUAAAUAAGAAACCAUUUUAAGUCUGCUAGAAAUUUUCUCACAAAAGCAAGACCUUCAAUUACAGCCUCUAAUACGCAGUGAAACAUAGCCCCUUACAACGGACACUCCGUUGGGUCGAGUUGUUUUUAAUUCGCGCGCCCCUGUAAAAACCGAAAGAAUACAUUGAACAAGAUGCCAUGGUAGCGUAUAUUUGGGCGUCGGUGUACUAAGCGUGUGUAACGUUUUUUAUGUGUAUCAGUGAUGUGUGAGUAGGGCAAGGGCGUUGUAUACUUUAGCGGUUGGUUGUAUAACCACAUCGAGAUAACAACCCAACGCGGUGGAUUCUAAACAAAACGGCCUUUUUUACUGGCAAGUUGGCAAGGUUGACGUAAAACUAGAAAGAAAAAUACAAUUGAAAUUCUUAGUGACAUGAGACGAGAAAUGUACUGGGUAAACAAAUACGAAUACAAAAACGUAACUAGAAAAUUACAAAGGGAGAAAUAAUAAAAUAAAAAAAAUGAAAGAGAACGAAAGGACGGAUUGAUACCUUGUGAGCCUAUACGAUUCUAACGAUCAUGCAUUUUUCAAACUAUGGCUCGGUCACCUGACCCAAAGAGCGCGAAAAUCUAUCCUACCGCGCGGGCCUGGGCUGGCUAGCAGCAACAGGUUGAGAUGCGUGAAGUGGAAGGGGCGGAGUUAUAUUGGACAUGGAUUGGUAAGAUAGUGGCUGUAGUUUGUUAAUCAGUGAAACUGGUUUCUCGUAGAAUUCUAUAUGAAGUAACAAAAAAUGUUUUUUUUGGAAGGUAGUUGUGGAAGUGCUAAUUUGGUUAUGAAGGGAUAGUGUAGUUACAAUCUGUUGAAAUGAAGUGGUGGUUGUGAAAAAUAUCAAUAGUCGAAAACAUACUUGUACAUUUCAAACGUUGUUAGGCUUUCUGUCUAGGAUGGUUUUUCGGUUAUUUAUUUCUCACUGAUAAUGGUUGAUAAUGUUUGUAUGGAGAGAACGUGGAUAGGGGAAAGUUCAUUUAAAAUAGAGAAAGGGGUAUGAAGAUGUUGGUGUUGAAAUUUUGUGUGUGUGAGUGUGUUCGGGGGUUUAAAAAAAAUCGGUGAGGUCAAGUAGGGCUUUUCACAAAUUGCUCGACACGAGAUUUCCCAAAAAGUUUCCCUUAAUUUCUCAAAAUAUUGCUCAAAAGUUGCUCAAAAAAUGUUAAAAGUUGCUUUUUGUAACGAAUAUAAUGUUGCUAAAAGACUUUUUUGGUGUCCCUCUCUUCCUUUAUUUGAUCCGAUGCAAAAAUAAUUAUGCAAACUGCACAACAAAAAGUAACAUCUCUAAUCAUUGUUGUGCAAUUUUGCGGCGUAACCAGCGUUGCUAAAUAACUUUGUCCUCACUUAAAACCAAAAAAUGUAUGAGUAAAGACUAUGCAUCAAUAUUAGUAUUAAUCUUGUAAAAAUUCAGUCGAGUGUGAAUCUUCGUCCGCCAUUUUGAAUUUUCUUUCAAAAAAACCUCUGACCUAGCAGCCCGGCUGCAUACAUCUUGCGCCCAUAAUCUGCCCCAGGGGGAGGAACAGGCUCCUUUUCACAGGAAGUACACAAAUUGUGUACUAAAACAUUGUGAAAUAUGAUAUGAAAGCAGGGCCAAUUUAAACACUAAAAGCUGCUCCGAUAUCUAAGAAUUGGAAUAAAACUAUAAUAGGGAAAUUGCUCAGAAUACAUAAAUUGCUCGAAGUGCGAAGAUGCCAAAAAGUUGUCGAGCGACUGGUGGAAAGCCCUAAGGUCAAGGGGGGGGGGGGAAGGGGGGUUAGGGGAGUAAAAUCUGGCUAUAGAACUAAGGGCCUGAUUACAUGAGCCGGGCUGGCUCGCUUUGCAGAGAUCGGCCCUGCACCUUGGUUAAACGGAACAAAAAUCAACUUUGUGAUUGUAUAACAACCGAGCCAGCCCGGUUAGCUGGUAUCCCAGUACUGUGAUGCCGGGAUCUCGGGUGGAAAUUUUCCAAGUAAUCACGCUUUUCGGGCGGCCCGGCAAAUGAACUAAUCGAGAAACAGGACAGCGGGUAACACACUGCUCUUGGCGGCUUUUCAUGUAAUACCAGGAUCAGGGGAGCGGGAAAACUACUUCCCAACAUGCUCUUAAAUAAAAUCCAAACGGUGUUCUCACAUCUUGCAAAGCGAUCAUCAAAGGUCUUGACAGCAGAUUUGUGUCCUGAUCAUGCGCAUUACGUCAAAAACCAAGAAUCAACGGUUUUGAGAGGGAACAAAUCAUGGCGGUAGAAGGCGAGACUGUUUCCCACUAUUUUAUUUUGGUAAUUCGCAAAUUUUUUGAUUUUAUGUCGCUUUUCAUCAGUCAAAGUGUGUGGUUUUCUUUUUCUUUUAAACAACUUUCCUCUUCAGAGUUUAAAAUAUGCAACAUAUAGCGCCGAAGAGUUGGAGCUAUCGGUAUUUGCUGCAAACCUAUCCUAAGGAAAGGGUAAUAAGGUCGCAUCAUUAAUUAAAGGUAAAGAGCUUUCAGAAAUAGUUGUAAAUUUUUUACUAGGAUCGUUUUGAAUUUUAACUUUGAAUUCAAGGUCAGUUGACCGAUCGUGUGCUGCGAGGACAAUUUUUUUUUAAAAAGAAAAUUUAAAUGAUUUAAUAGGUUGUUUCACUCGGCGUUUUUUCUUUUUCCAAUGCGUUUGUUUUCUAUUGCCGAUUUGUUUGCCGUGUGUUAUCUGUGCGACGUAUAUAACGAAGAUAAAUGCUGUAUCGUGGCACAUCGCGCGGCAGACAUUCGCGUCGCUUGAAUUGUUUCCUUGUUUGCGUUCAGACGUAUUGCGUGCCUAUUGCAAUUUUGAAUCAAAACAAGCCAUCUCGAUUACUCUAUCUGGGCGACGACCAAAUAAAAAGACACCGUUAUAAUGACUCUCGCUACUUGUCCAAUGGAUUUUUGAUAUAUUGGGGUUGUUUAAUAUAUUUACCAUGUAUGCGUUGCCGAACGCGAUGGUAUAACCCUUAUAUAACCCUUUAGAACUUACGUUUUUUUUGUUUCAUUAUAAUUACUUGUUGCCUUCUUUUUGAAUAUGGCGCCAGGUGUAGACGAAUGCCAAAAUCCCAAUACUUGCAUCUCACCAGCAACAUGUGAAAACACUGUGGAGUCGUACAAAUGCAAUUGCCCGACCGGUUACACUAAAAAACCUGGAAGUAAUAACGAGUGCCAAGGUAUGGCUUUAUUUUGGCUAAUUAUUUAGUACUUUCUGGAGGUUUUUUUGGCUAUUAACAAAAGAAAAAUCACGAUCAGAACAGUGAAUAAUGAAUGAUGAUAAUAAUAAAAAUAAUAACAAUCAUAUCUACUAAUAAUAAUAAUAAUAACAACUAAUCGCAUCCGAACCGCGAGGAAUGUAGUGUACGUAUAUAGUUUUUUUAAAAUUUUUUUUUCCUUGCGGCUCAGAUGCGGUCAAUAACUCUUGCAGUCAGUCCAGAGUUUUAAAUUAAGUCAUGAUUACAAAAGAGAACUACCCGUCUCUGAUAUUAAAAAGAAAACAAGUUAAAAAAGAAUAAAAUCUCGUAUUCCUAAAUUCCUAAUUCCUACAUGUAUAUAGUACUUAUAUAGCGCUUAUAAUAAUUUUUAUUUCAAUAAACUUCUAAACUUCUAAACUUCUGAGCUAUUUAAAUUAUUUCUGUAAAUAAUACAUUCAUAUUUUCAAAGUUACAUAGACAUCUAAUAAUAAUAAUAAUAAUAAUAAUAAUAAUAAUAAUAAUAACAGUGACAAAGAUAAUCAUGAUAAUAACAAUACUACAGUGAAACCAGCGGUUUCGUUGCUCCCUACGAAAUUCACUGAGGUUUUAGGAUGACCUCUUUACAGUUACAGUUAAGAAAUUAACCAAAGUUCUUGUGAAAAUGUCUGCUUUCGCUCUCCCAUCGAUAAUUAAAACAUGAGUCCGUAACGUCUUAUCUGAGAGGCCGCGUAAUAUGGACACCCGGUCAACACGAGCAAUAUGGCAUGUCCCUUCGGUGUCCGUAUUAACUGGGUUCCACUGCAAUAUUAAUAAUAAUAAUUAUGAUAAUGACAAUGAUAUGAUAAUAAUAACUUCGUUGUCGAUCGGGACAGGCCUAGCCGAAAGUUGCCACGCAAGCACUCAUGGGGUUGUCUGGGAGGACGCGAAAGCCAAGAGGACAAGUGUAUUUUCCAAACGCGGAAAUAAGGCGGGAGUUGCAAUUUACUCUGAUGUCUGUUAUUAUCUCUUCAGGAUUACGGUCAACAAAAAAAUAAAAACGCAUUGCAAAGAUGUUCUUAUUCCCAGCUGCUGAUAGGCCAAGUCUCUACGUGAAAAGAUGUUGGAGGUCACAUGUAAAGUUUCUUUCACUUAAUCAGUCAAGGGACGUCUCCCAAACAAUUCUAAAAAUGCUUGUGUAACUUCACUAGGUUCCAGCCAAACUCUUUUUCAAAGUGAGCUAAUGCCGUUCGAAUAUUCUCAACUCAGGAGCCCAUAACUGCAAAACUGAUCAUUUUCAGCUCGAGUAAUUUGUUUACUAGUGUGCUAUUUUUUGGCUUUUAUUGAUUUGACACGAGUAAGGUUAGGAACAUAUUUUCCAACUCGAUCAUAGUUGUCGUUAAAGCUUUUAAAGGUAUAUUGGUUUAUUGUUUUAUUGUUUGAGAUCAGAACGAAUGCCAGAAUUCUCCUAAUUUGUGCGCUUCACCGUCGACGUGCGAAAAUAUCGGGGGCUCGUACUACUGCAAGUGUCCCAGCGGUUAUAAAAAAAAGUCAGGGACAAAAGACCAGUGUGAAGGUAGAACUUCACUUUUUCUUAUAACACGUGAUCAAUGCCGUAAAUCUAAUUAAAACUGCAAAUGUUGAGAAGGAAAAGCCUUGGGCUGUUAUGUUAGAGAGGAAAAAAUCAUUAAUUUUACGUCAGUUAAGUUGUGACCUUUCAAAAUUAUUUAUAUAAAUGGAGAAAAAUAACCUAGAAAUACGUGUUAAAAUAAAAAUUUUAAAAAAUAAGAGCACAAUGUAAAUUUGCAAUAACGUAUCCAUCCAUAUCCUAAAUAUCGUUUUGUCAAUCCAUGAUCUAUAAUUAUAGUCCAUUCCAUUUCCCCUGAGUCAUAAUCGUAAUGGCAGAAGCUCCCGCUCAAUGAUCCACUGACAACUUCUUCUUCCUCUUCUUCUUCUUUUUCCAAACGUCGCACUUAUCUAUCGUUUCAGUUUUAAGGUUUUGUGUUUUUUUAGUAGAUUAACGUCGUGAUUUCGUAUCAUUUUGCUCUUCAGAUAUAAACGAAUGUUCACAAGGUUACUGUAAUCACCUGAGGUCUACCUGCGUAAACCUCCCGGGAAGCUAUCGCUGCGAUUGUAAAUCUGGUUAUGAGAAUAAUACCCCCACGAAUUGCAUAAGUAAGUCGAUACUUUUUUGCUUUAUACAUGAAGGCCGUUUUCACUGAACGAGGUUCUUUUACAUUCCGUAUGUCCAGCAUUGUGCAGUCCAAACAUAUAUGGCCAAAGUUAAAAAGGUGUUGCAAGGAAUAUUCUACUUUGAAAGACGCAAAAUUGAGAUCUAUACAUUACCAGACAACAAAUUAAAAAAGAAUUUAACUCAAGAAUAAACGAUAAAAAAAAAUUUAACUUUGGCUUCCAAAAACUAACAUAUUUUUAAACAGAUGGAAGGAACAGAUCGCGAAUUAAGAAUUUAGAUAAAGAUAAUAAAAUCUUAACUUAUAAAUAUUUAGAUGGAAGUUAUUUCAAGAAUAAAUCUUAAAUAUCUAUAUUCGAUUUGUAAGGACAAAGAUUUUUAGUUUCCAGCAUAAAAAAGUUGGUUAACACUGGGUUUCUGUUAGAUCACUUGGCAAGUUUGUGUUCAAUAGCAUUUUUGUCAUUUUGAUGUUAACAUCGCAUUAAUUUAUUCCAUGAAAUUUGGUAACAAAAACUUAACUCCGUCAAGCAGUUGCCAGCAUAAGCUGCAGGACCGUUUUUUGCGUCUUUUAUAACCGUUUUCCUCUUUUAACUAUGAUCGUAUCUUGAGCCGAUAUUCAGCAUCAAAAACCAACAUUUGUCAAGGACGGCCCGAAUACCUAAAUUGAAUCAUUUCGUUCAGGUCCACCUUGCAUAAAACCACAAGCAGCAUCAUUUAGAAUCAGGGAAUAUAAUAAUUUACUCUUGAGCAGUGAUGAAAAGGCACAGCGGACAUAACGGCUUAUGGUCAUUGAGACACGCAGGCCUCACUGCCACAACAAGAUGCCAGCCCAAGGUAAAAGUAAACUACUUAUACGGCACAUGCACUCUUCGGGUGCUUCUUUUUUAUUUUUUCAGAUAUAAAUGAAUGCACAAGGGGCAUCGAUUCAUGUGACAAGACGUCAUCAUAUUGCACGGACAAAGAUGGAGAUUUCUGGUGUCGUUGUAAGACGGGUUAUAAUCAGGGUGCAAACGACAAGCUCUGUGUAGGUACGUUAUUGUAGGCUAUUUUCACAAUGACUAUACCAGGUAACUUUACGUGCCGACACUAAAAGCUUGAUCCAGUAUAGUGUGAAAUAGUUAUUUGCUAUCUAUUUGAAUAGCUAAAAGGGGCCUGCUCCCAGUGGCUCCUGGUCUUCAAAUUGAACUCCAAAAACAAUGGUCCAGUUUUGUCAUUAAAGACUCUCAAGAAAAUUAAAGCAUGGGUUUUUUUCUUAAUUUCCUUCAAAUGUUGAGGGGUGGUCUAUAUCUUGAGAAUUAAGGCCAAUAGCAGUAAAACUUGAGCAGGAUAAUGCGUCUAAAAAGUUACGCAAUUCAGUUGAAAAGAAUAUGCAAAUCAGGUCACGUGACCUUGAACGGCCAUUUCGCACGAAAAAAACUUAAAUUAGAAAAGGCACCAGUUUAUAAUAGCAGUCAAUCAAAGAAAUUGCUACCAAACAUGUCACUGGUAUGCUUAACGACUAAACAUUUGUGCCUGGGUUUUGUUGAAUAAUUUACUGAAAGAGCCAAUAAACGAAUUUUUGUACUAAUGCCCAGUCUCCUUAUCAAACGGUUUUCGAAUUUCGUCCCUGUCUAAAAUAUUAACUUAAAAGGCCCGGCUGCCACAGAAUGAUAUAUCUGUAAGUCUCAUCACUAUAACGAUAACUGCCACUUCCAGAAAGUAAUGAAAAGUGAUGCCAUUUUGCCAAAUAGAAUUUUGAGCUAAAAAUGGCCUUGAUAGGUCACGUGACAAUUAAUGUUUUCAACCAUAAUUCAAAGUUGUUGAAGUUACGCCACUGAAGUCUCCCCAGAAGUUAUUUUGUGUUACUGAUUGAAAGCUUAAAAAUUUAGACCACGAUCUGUUUUUGAGAAAUUUUAAUAGAAGCCAAUGCCUUAUUUAUGCUAUAUUCAAGUUAGGCAUUGAAUCGAUUGUCGCCUGUUCUUACGGAAGGCAGGGAUGGACAUGGAUUGAAACUUGAAAACUCUGGGCCAACUUUUUCAAGUUUUAAUGAUUUGCCUACAAAAACCACCAAAAACUUAAUACUAUGGCUAGUGCGUGCUGCCUGAUAAAUUUUUCAUAUAUUUUUCAUAACUCUACAGGACUGCAUUUUGUGUAUUGGCCGGUAAAGGCGACGACCUUAAACAGCAAUAUUCGCUUGUCAUAGCCCAUUUAAGCUUCCUUUAGUGAUCUUUACAGGCAGAUAACUUAUAAAUUCUUAUAAAUUUCACCUUGACUUUAACCACUCAUUUUAAAGAUUUUGUCUAUCCUACUUAGCCGUAGGAUGCAGUCCUCUAGUCACUCCCGUUGGUGGCAAACUGGAGCCUGCGCGCUGCACUGGAGCAAACUCGAACUUCUACGGUGACAAGUGUGUCAUGAAGUGCCAAGUGGGAUAUAACCUUUCUAACAUGUCACAUGGAAUUCUCACCUGUGGCAGUAAUGGACAAUGGCAGGGGACCAUGGGAACUUGUAAUGGUAAGAACAACCUGCCAAAUGCCACUCAAAUUGUGCAGCGAUUACAGUUUGCCAAUUUGAAGGCGAAGUUGAGACCACAAGAAACGAGUUUGUCCACCUUCUGCUUUCUUCCACUAUGCCACUUUUUUUCUGGUCCUCGAAUUUCUUUACUUUCUCAAAAUCAAUUCGCGGCAACGCGUACACUAUCAGCCUGCGAACAGGCUCUCCGUUUUGGUGGAAAUGGGUUUGUAAAGUCCCGAGGAGAAGGCGAGGGAAAAAAUGGAAUGGGUUCCUUUCGCUUCACUCCCCCCCCCUCCCUCCCACCUCCAUUUUUUUCGCUUCUAAUUUUUUUCUUUCCUACCCCUCUAUGGAGCCUAAUCCCAGGCUAACACUAUAUUUCGUCGGCAUGAAAAAAAUAUACGCCAAGCAUUGCUGGCUAGUUGUCUUAGUGCAUGUUAAACUAACUUUGCUUGUUUCAACAGCUGUCACCUGCCCACAACUUUCCGUUAUUUCAAAUGGAGGCUUACUGCCUUCAUCAUGUACGUCAUCUGGUGGUAAAUACCAAAACAAGUGUUCGUACUAUUGUUCCAGCGGUUACACUCUCCAAGGUGGUCAAUUCCGAGUGUGUCAAGCAGAUGGGACCUGGGACGGAACCGCUCCUACUUGUAAAAAACGUACAGAAUACAUUUGUUUCUUAUUCUUACGCUUCGAUUUUUUAAAUAUUUUUAAUAUUAUUAUUAAAAUAGUUUUCCUUUAUGAUUCUUAAGAUAAUAGAUGAAAUGAUAUGUAGGCGAGAAGAACAUAGAAAAACAUUUUGAGUUCUAGAUGGAAAUUGAACCCACGACCUUCCGUAUACUAGUCGGAUGCUCUAACCACUGAGCUACUGAGAACUCGGUGGUGAUCAGGUCAAUUGUGGGCUGACAUAACUACCGCAUCGCGCAGUCACAUAAUGUCAUGUAUGAACACACAAUAUUAACUGCAUCGCGCAGUCACGUAAAUACUCUUUCUCUCUUAAGGUACCCGGAAAUUUUGCCAGUAAAUUUCUUCAUAUUGGUAAGGAAGAUAGCCUCCCACGCAGACGUUCUUAUGGUGGAUUUCCACUGUCGCGUAAUUUUCAUUACGCGACAGUGUAAUUCCUCCUUUAGACGUUCUUCUUCGUCACGUGUUCGUCACGUGUUCCUUCGCUUUUUCGUUGGGGAGGAUUGCGUGACGAGCCAAACAUGGUAGGCUACAAGGAAGAGCGCAUCUAUGAAAUGGUAGCCUGUACACAGACGUUGUUUUGCUUUUCUUUUCGAAAAUCAACCUUCUCCACCCCCAACUCCGAAUGCUCUAGUUGUCAAUAAAUCCCCCUCGGAUUAUAUUUCCAUACGCGCGCUCAACGAUCUCUUAAGAGAAAACAGAGGGUCUGUGAACACGCUAAUGAAAUGGUGGGUUGCUUGGUUAUGUGUAAAUCUUUGGGUCUUUUUGUGUAUAGCGAUAAAAAAUUCUCUCUGUAAAGGUUACCAGAAAUCUCAGUUCAAAGGAAUAUUUUUAUUGUUUAGGUGUUAGGUCUCUUAGGGCCGUACUGAUUAUAGGACCUUAAUUAGUUGUAACAAACGAAAACGCAGUCUGAAAAAGUAAUACUGGCACUCUAAGAUUAGAAUGCCAUACUGAUUAGUAUUUUUCAAUUUGUGACGACUGCUUAAGUACUAAAAAUGUUUGGUCGUUUUACGGCUCAAGGUUCUGAAUUCCACUGACAUCUCUUCUCCUUUGGCAUUGUGUUCAGGGUUUGUUUUACAUUAAAAUAAACAUGGAUUCAGCUUGUGCAUUAGUACUGCCGAAAGUGGAAAGUGAGGUUUUUUAUUAGUGUUUCACACGAAACAGUACUUGGAAGUGAAAUAAACAAUAGUCCUUGUUUGGAAAAGAAUUAGCAAAGUUUAAUUGUGAAAAUUAACAUUAGACAGCUUUUGCUGAUCUAUGAUUUACAACUGUCUUCAAUGUUUGAAAAUUACAUAUUGGGACUUUUAAUUGUGGAGAGGGGUGAAUCAGAUUCAUUUUGACAGAGUGUAACGCCGUGAUAAUAAAAACAGCUGUGCCUUUGGUUUUAGUUGUAUCUAAGCCCUGGAUCAGAUGCCCAGAUCUUAUACAACAGGACUUACUCUCAGGAAAAUCAACAGCUGACGUCAGCAGUGUGUGGAAGGGACCCACGUCAAACGUUGAACCUGCACAAAUAACAAUCAGUCCACCUGAAAUCUCCUCUAGUUACCAGUUCCCGUAUGGUACAACAAAGGUCACGUGGACUGCAAGUAACUCUGAGGGAUCAGAAAGUUGUUCAAUCUUUGUUCACAUCUAUGGUAACUGAAUUUUUUCUUCAUGUCAAUAUAUAGAGGAUAUCACACGGUGGCGAGAAGAUAUGAAUUUUAUGUUCGAGUGGCAAGAACAAUAUCUCACGAGUGAGCGAAGCGAACGAGUGAGAUAUUGUUUUUGCCACGCGAACAUAAAAUUCAUAUCUUCGAGCCAACGUGUAAUGUUCUUUUUAUUAUAUGGAGAAACCAUUUCAACAAAAGCAAAAGGCGGGAAUCGAGACGUCAUUGAACGAUACGACACUCACAAAGGUGACAAACGGAAAAUACGCCAAUCGGGUCCCGGAUGAAGUGGCGUAUGGAAUCUACGAGUGGUUUAGUUCCCAGUAAAACACUCUCCUCCGUAUAAUAAAUAUGUAUAUAUACAUCCUCUUAGUGUGCCACGCGUUCAGUAUAACAUCAGUCCGUACCUUCAUUUCAGCAAUCAAACGUAGUUUGGUCCCGAUAUACUACUGUACAGGAACUGUUCGAAGGCAGCAAAUAUUGCUACCUAUAGGUCUUUUGAAGAUUAGGGUACAGUAUUUUUUACUCGGUACAGAGACAAAAAAUCCCUUAGGUCUGAACGUACCGCUACUCAAUGACCUCGAGCGUUCGACCGGAGCCAUCGAUUAUUUUAGCUAACAGUUCGGAUGAGAGGAAAAAGCCACCUAAAACCUUCGAGAAGACCAUAGCAGGUAAAUAUUUUUAAGGGCAACUUCAAAUUAACCAAACAGGCUUCUAAAGCAGAGAUAAAACCAUUUGAGACACUUUUGGCGUAUUUGGAAACAUUCGCUAGCGCCCAGUAACGGCUGAGUCGGUUACCUAAAUCCUGCUGUUAAUUUUGAGGAAUGCAGCACCUUUUUAUCGAAAGAAUGAUAUGUUAUUCAUAAAAUACGAAAAGUCGAAAAUUCACCUUUUAAGAAUAUGGAAGCAUCACAUCAACUGUCCCAACGUGCGGCAUUAAAAGCGGAGAUGAGCUAGACGAGCUACCGGCAGCUAAUCUCAGUUUUUUUGGAACUUAAUGUUAUUUUGAAAAGAAUAAACACUGAAAUUGAAGUACACGAUCGAUACGAAAUUUUCUGUUUUAUUUAGAUAAGGAAGCUCCAACAGUUUCAAAUUGUCCUCAAAACAUUCACGAAAUAAGCGGUGGUUCCAAGGCUGUGACUUGGGUAGAACCGACCUUCAGCGACAAUGUGAAACUCAAAACAGUGGACAAAACACACUCUAGUGGUAGCACAUUUGGUCUGGGAUCCACUCAUGUCACCUAUACUGCUGUGGAUGCUGCAGGAAAUAGUGCCGUGUGCAAAUUUGUGGUGCAGCUCCUACGUAAGUUAACUAGCUCAUCCCAGAUAUUUUAAUCGUUUUAAAUGUGCAUAUGUAGCAAUAAAUAAACAGGGGAUGAUUAUCAUAUCCAACGAUAUGUCAAAACGACUCAAAGUUGAGAACAGAAAACCUUAACCCUGAGUCGAGUAGACAACUCCAGUUUAGUUUAGUUCAUUGAUAUUUUAAAGAUGACUGGGAACAAUGCAUACAUAUAUGUACAUCUAUGUACGAAGAAGUCAUGGAGAGCGAGGCCAUAUACUAGGUUCAUAUUUGACACGCGUCCUGCAUACUGGGUGGUCAUAGGUUCGAAUCCGGUCGGGUUAUUUUGCCUACCUGGGGUCCUACAGCUCCAUUUAAAUGGGCCCUUAGAGGUUUUCUAACUUUUUUGUGGAUAAAAUCUUAAUUGAAGGGUUGGUAAACAAAGCUGUUACUCAGAAUUUUGAAUGUGGUAUCAAGUCCUGGGGAUACGUCUUUUAAUACAAACAAGUUUUCUGACUGUUUGGUGAAUGAAAUCAGUACUAAACGGGAUGAGUAAACAAAAUAUGUUACUCAGUUUUUUAUAUAUGUGAUAUCCUUGCCAUAGGGCCGAAGUGUUCCGAUCCAGACGGGCCUGUCGGUGGCACCAAAUCAUGCAGCUCGUUUAGUGGCAAUAAUUUCUGCACUGUGACGUGUAAUAGCGGAAGUCAGCUGUACAAAGCAACUGCAGCUUUCUGGAACUGUGAUAACACUGGCAACUGGACACCCAGUGAUCGAAUUCCUGAUUGCGUUGGUGAGAGAAACCACAUAACAGUGUUUGCAAUUUUACUAUGGGGCGUUGUCACGUAACAUCGCAUCCGCUAUAUUGUUGUUCCACAAAAAUGAAACGACGGCCAUGUUGGUGUCCCAAACUAAUCCUUUGGGAUUUGAAUUCCUUUCUUGUCCAAACGCUUUUUUCUUUGGAAAUUUACAUAGCUGGUCACGUGAGUGAAACCGCUGUAUUUCCAAUUCUAAAAUUUGUGACAUAAAGUUAUAUAGCUUUUUUACAUGACGUCACGUCCGCCAUAUUGGUUUUCCAAAACAAUAAAACGGCGACCAAGUUGGUGUUCCAAACAAGUCCUCAGUGAGUAGCCUGCAAACAGCACACGCAUUUCCGGUCCUCGCCUAUUUUUCGGAGGGAGAGUAGCGACGAUUCUCAUUUACAUUCUCAUUUACAAUUUAAAAUGAAGGAUAGCGGGCAAAUUGUAAUGUCUCAGGUUACUUAGUCAUUUGUAAGAUCCUGAAGAAGAAAGGCCGUACACUGCCUUCCAAAAUAUUGGCAAAUCACAUUCCUCCCAGUAAAAUUAGCCUUUCCUCUAGAUCUUUCCGUUAUAAAUGGCUGAUUAGAUCCUUUGCCAGGAUCCGGUGCCUCUAUUUUGUCACUGCGGUCCUUACUUCCAAAACUGAACGGUUUAUAGGGUCUUGAGUCUUGAACAGGGUAAUUUAGCGUCUUGAACACGGCGUCCUUUUAGACUUAAAUGGGUGUAAUUGUUGGCGAUGAGCGGUCUACAUUCAAGGUACCAAAUUGUUUUUCCAAAAAAAUAAAUUCCAUGAUGUGACGAUGUCUUGUCUUAAACAGGGUAGCGAAAUGAACAGUUCUUGUCUUUAAGAAAUCAGGGUUUGAUGGCCUCUGCGGCACACCUCUACUCAUACUUUCCUUAAGUGCGCUACCUGGAGCUUUUAGUGUUGUCCAGAACUGCAAAUAUAUCAGAGGACACGUUUUCACAUCCGCAACUUUCACUAUCACUUUCUUCUAAUUCAACCAAUGAAAAUUCUAAGAGUUUACACUUUAUUGCAGUAAAGUUGUCCCACAAAAAGAAAACAAACAAAAAAACAAAUAAUAAAAAAAAGCCAAAUAGGAAUUACCUGUAGUCAUUUGUAUAAUCCCCCCAAAUAAGCUUUUGAAGUGCGUUCCAAUACCCCCAUCUGAAAUCACUUGAGACAAGAUAAAGUAAAUUGCUUAAUGCAAAGUCGUAUUGGGCUUUAAACCCUUCCAUCAGAACAGAUCUCAAAAUGUAGUGAGAGUGCCUACUUCACUCCUAUUCGUAUUUCUCCAAUUCAAGUUUUAAAUUUUUCUAUGACAACAUUUUUGCAAUUGGGUAUGUAUUGCUAUGAUGUAAUAGGCCGUUUGGCGUCAAUUUGCUGCUAAUGCUCAGGGCCCCGUUGUUCGAAAGCCGAUUAGCGCUUAACCCGAGGUUAAAUUUAACCCGCGUUUCUUUUUCUUGUGUUCAAAAGCCUUUUCUCGGAUAAUUCUCUCUGUUAUUUUUAGAGCUUCCAAUCAUCAACUUGUAGACAAAAAGAAUUAAAACUGAAACGCUUUUAAGCUUUCAAAUCUGAAUAAAAAAUCUCGCACUAACCCCGGGUUAUCUUAACCCUGCUUUGAUCAACUCGGCCCUGGAUCCUUCAGGGAUUUGCUUUCUUGUACAAAUUAGGAUUUUUGUUAUUUCAAAGAAUUACCAAAUUUAAGUAUGAAAGUAAAAAACGAAAUGACUUAUGGUCCUCUCAUGACGUCUCGUUCAAAUGGGGUGCCCAUUAUAUCCAAGAGUUAACAAUUUCUGAGUACAAAUGUCGUAUCCCUCACAGAGGCUAGCACUAAAGAUCCAAACACCCCAUGUCAAGAAAAUCGAAUCGAGAUGACAGUGACCAGUUUCGUUGGGACCAAUAAAUACUGUGGUAAGUAAUAAAGUUGAUGUUUAUAAAAUCUAGUUGGAUCAAACACAAAGCUAAUACGCUGGCUAAUAAUACUGGCACUCAAAGUGAACGUAGCUGGCGCCAAGCGCCUUUAUACGGAAAUGCCAGUCGGUCGUUUUGAUUGGCUGAGAAAGUAAUAGAGGGGUUUUUCAACCCCGUUUUUUCAAAACGAGGAUUUGUAUUGUUUUUCACUAAAGCACCAGUGGUGGAUGCAAAAGAUUUUGGUAAGAGGUUUCAACUAGUGCAUACGAUUGAAGGAAUUACUUUCUGCAUGUCUUUGCACGCUUUACUGGCUUUAGUUUCUAAUUCAAACCAGUCUCCUGUCCCUUUGCUAUCAUAGAAGGCCUGUGCAGGACAUGUCUGGUUCCAGUUGUUCAAACGUUGGAUGGCGCUAUCUAAAGGAUAAAUUAUUAUCCAGCGGAUAAGUGUUAGGAAACUGAACCAACUGGCGUGCGUUAUCCACCAUAUAGAUAGUGAGUUCAUCUGAUGGAUGGCGUUAUCAACCUUUUGAACAACUGUAGCCUGCUCGUUAGGAAACAAAUCAUCUAAAACAUGUCUCUGAUGUUGUUAAUUAAUUUCGUCAGUUUGAACAAGAGCCCCAUGGUUGAAAGGCUCUGUCACAGUGCAAAGUAAUAUUCUCUUUUAAAGCGCAAGAAGGAAGUUGUCUUUGCGACUCACGCGUUGUAAUUAGUUUAUUCUCAAAGUAGUUAGUCAAGUACUUCUGAAAAUCGUCUUGUCUAAUAAAUAAGGUGUCCGUGGGGGUGGGGGGGGGGAGAUACUCCUUAUAAGGGCCUAUACGGGGAGGCUCCAGCCAAAAGGGGUUCCAUUCUCAAGCUUCAGGUAUAUGAAAGGGUAGGGAAAUCUGUCAUUUUGGUCUGUUAGAAGGCCCAAAAGGGCUAGCAGGUAGUUAUAGCUUCAAACAGUUGAAAAAAAGUUCUGGUUUUGCCGGUGAUUGAUUCAUAUUUAAAAGACAGUCCAUGUACAACAGUUAAAAGGGAUAAAGUUCUAAACUAGGUAUGUGAAAGGGGUACCAUUUGUCAAUAGAAGAUACACGAAACGGGCACCUUUUUAAAAUGGUAUGUAAAAGGGUAAGGGGUUGGACCUCAGGGAAGAGCCCCCCCCCCCCCGUGUAAAACUUUGUUGAGUGCCCCGGGGCGUGCUCGGACUCCUCCGACCUUGCACCGCAGGAAAGUGAUGCUCGGUAGCAUCCAAGAUCGAGUUAUUCAACAGAUAUAAUAUUGACAUCUCUCACAGCUAAAUGUCCCACCGGGACGUACAGAAGCUCCAGCACCGACUGCAGUCCUUGUCCCGUGGGAUCCUAUAAUGACCAGCAAGGACAAUUACAAUGUACUCAGUGUUCUGCGGGAACUUCGUCACUACCUGGAGCCAAGAGUGCCUCAGAUUGCAAAGGUAAGUUUCUCUUACCUAGGUGUAUUAAGGAGAGGGUCAAUUGAGGCAUAUGUGAAAACGAAGGGGGGUGGUCUAUCUACAGUAUUUAAUAACAACAAGCUAGCUUUAUUUGCACGACCAUACAAGUACAUGCAGUAUUGCAAAAGCUAUUUUAAGAUGAAGAACCAAAAUUACAUCAUAGGGCAAUAAAGUUACUUUGGUAAUAAUUUUUCACGAAGAUCAAAGCAAGCUGAAAAAUAUUUCAUGAAAUGUAUAUUGAUAAUUGAAUAAUUAGAGGAGUUCAACAGUUCAUUGAUCAAAACGUUUACCGUUAAAUGAGUAAUAUUUGGAGUUGGAGUUAGGGCAACGCCUAUUAUAUUUCGUUUUUUGAUUGUAUUUACCUAUUUCUAUCAUCAGUUUGUCAUUGCUUAUUCGUAGUUUUACCGGCUAAAGCCCUUCUUCCAGCUGUUCCUCUUGUUAAGUCUAGGUAAUUAGAGGUGGUAUGAUCGGUUAUAAAAGAUCUAAGAAAUUCAAGUUUUUGAGAAUGUCGAAGGGUGCUUUGCCAAUAUGACAUAUACUACUGUUUCAUUUAACUUACGUAGCUUUUUAUCAUGGCGUUAUCUAAUAUAUUAGGAUUAAAGUCAGGUAGGUUAAAAUAUUCUGUCAUAUUCAUCAAAUGAGAGUGGAAGCUAUUUUUGCCAUUACACAAGUCAAAUGAAAUUACAAAAGAUUGUUUGACGAAAGAUUCUUCAUCUUUAGACUGAAUAUACAAAAUGCAGUUGAAAAUGUUUUGAUUGAGAGUGAUAUUUAAAGGAAAAGGACCAAGUUCUGUCUGCUCUACAAGCUAUUUAGAAGCCUUUUUGUUUACCUCCAAGUAACGUUUGCAAAAUUGAAGGUGUGUGUUCUCGAUGUGUGAGCCCUCCCAGGUCUUAAAAUCUGGUUGGCAUACACUUCCCGGCCAAAUUCCGCUGUUACAUGUUAGAAUAGGGGAGAUCAUUAUAGUAUCAAAUAUUUUACUGGCAAGAGCUGCUUUUAGUUUGCUAAGAUUCAUGUGUCGUCUCAAGCUGAAGAGGGCAUGAAGAGCUUUCUCCUUGAGAUGUUCACGUGACACUGAGAAAUUCCCGACGAGGACAUUUGAGUUCCUAAAUAAGUGUACUCUUGUACAACAUCGAUAAUCUGAUUAUCUAUGAGAAAGCGAGAUUCAGCAUUUUUCCUCACACCUUUAUGAAAAACCAUAAUCUUAUCUUCAAGAUAACGAAAAGAAACGUUGCCAAGGACUCACACUUGACAGGCUGAAUCCAGUUGACAAGACUUUGUCACCAAUCAGUCUCACGUUACCGUAAAUGAUAUCAAAUUUCCUUAUUUUCUUUAGGUUAAGCGCACUCUAGUUUAACACAAAUUGACACGCAAAAUGAGGCUUGAAUGGUUUCAUGAACUGGGAAUUCUACGCGAAACCAAUAUGCCAUUUGUAGGAUGACAUCAUUUUACUACUACGACCAGAAUCCUUCAGGGUUUGCUUUCUUGUGCAAAUUAGGGUCUUUGUUAUUCAAACCUCACUGGGAUUACAAAAUUUAAAUAUGAAAGGAGAAACGAAAAGGAUUCUGGUCGUAGUAGUAAAAUGACGCCACCGUGCAAAUGGCAUAUUGGAAUACGUGUCCAUGUCAUGUGACGAAUGAAAAGUGACAGUGUUUUGUCAUGCAAUAACCGUCAAACCUUGAUGUCGCCGUUCAAUUACAUUUGAAAAGAGGCCUUAAAAGUAAUAUUGCAAAAAAAAAAUUCAGUGAAGUUAAUUUUUCCUAGUGUGUAGAAGCCUUUGAAGAACAAACCGGAAGUUAAGGCAAAAUUAAAUUAUUUUUUAUUCAAAUGCAUAGUAUCUUUAUUGAUUUAGUAUUUUUAUUGUCAUGCGUUUUAUACAUGAGCCUCGAUCUGGCUCCGAUGAUCGGGGCAGCACCAUCCCAUGUAUUACGUUAAUAAAUUGAUUGAUUGAAGUGGUCGCGUGGUGGGUUACUAUGAGAACGCUAUUGUGCAUAGAGCAAUUUUCAAUUGAGUGUUGAAAGUCAUCCAGGAUUGAAUUGGUUUUGCUUUACUGUGCUGUUUGAUUGGUCUAGAAAACUCGCGCAACCCUCUCAGCCAAUCAGAUGUAAACUAAAACCAAUCGCUCCUUGGUCACUCGCGUUUUCCCGCGCUACAGGCCGGUUACACGCGUUUACUUCGAGUUGCCAUUGGCUCCCUCUGAUAAUUUCCUUUACUCUGAUUGGCCGUUGUGAUUACUUUAGUUUUGGUUUUCGACACUCAAUUGAAAAGCGCCCUAAAGCUCACUUGAUCGUAUGUUGUUGAUCAGACAUUUUCUUUCAAAGAUAGACCACUCCGCUUGACUUCUUUACAGAAUAAUGUGUGACCCACUCCUUAACUUACCUGAGUAGUUGAUCUAAAAUAAUUCCAUCUACGUUGAUGUAAAGGAGUAAUACCCCGUCAAAAUUUCCAAAUGCGCUUACCCAUUUUUCAUGACACGGUGCUGAAUUGGAGCGUCUUAGCGAACAAUUCUUGCAAGGACCACUUGAACAAACAACAGCGAGAAAAAGCCGAAUCUUGGUGUAGAUCAGGAUCAGCAAUAUAGAAUAUAUAACGCUUAAAAUUGAAGGUAGGGCUGAUUGGCCGGACAGGGUAAGUACAUGAAAUUACCCAUCUAUAGCUGUCCGAUCUGCCUUGCCUUCAAUUUUAAGUGUUUUGGAGCAUCUUAGUUUGUUAGAAAAAGUACGAACUCGCACCUUUACAGGAUAAAGGCUAGAACUAAGGCUUAUGGAAGUGGAUCUUGGUUCUUCAAAUUUGAGUUCGUACCGCCGGCUGUCUAAGUAGAGUUGCUUUAUUUAAUAGCUGGCCAUGUAAAUGCAGUUGACAUAGUCCAGUUUCGAAUUAAAAGUUACCGCUGAAUACAAACAUUAACUAACAUUCAUACAGGGUUAGCCUCGACGUAAAGUAAAAUAUUCAGAAAUUUCUGCGAGUUAGUGUUUAAAAUUUGAAUAUACACAAUAGACAAAGUAAUAAACAGGUCUUUUUCUCUCUGGAAUAUAUUACUUCAGAUGGAGGCUAAGCCUGUAAAAAAUGCGUCUUCACGUCUUUGAUUCAGCAGUCGUCGCGAACUCGACACUGGACUAUUAGUUAAAAAGCCGAGUCAAAAUGUGCGAUACACCUUCCUCCUCCCAGUUAAGUCCUUGUAUAUUUAAGUGUUUAAUUAAUUGUUUUAUUUUACUCUUCUAGCUGUAUGUAAUGCUGGACGGUUUUCUCAAUCUGGACUGGGACCAAACUGUCAGUAUUGCCCACGCAAUACGUAUCAGGACAAAGUCCAACAAAAGAGCUGUACGCCAUGUCCUAACGGCACUCAUACUCUCUCAGUGGGCGCUUCAAAACUGGCUGAGUGUGGAGGUUAGUCAACUAAUGUACCAAGUCGACUGUAGAUCGUACAAAAACCUCUGCCGCCCUUAAGGGAGUGUUUAAAACCUGUCAUCGGUCUUGAGGAAUCCUACCAGACCAGUUGCUAAGAAUCCAGGGUCCGGUUUCUCGAAAGUCCCGGUAAUUAACGGGCCCAGAUAUCUGUUUUACCGUUGCUGUGUUUACGUCAGAGACCUUAAGAUCCUAAGACAAGGACGACGACAAGAACGACAUUUUCUCAAUAAUAGACUAAGCAGUGAACGCGCUUGAAUCAGCGUCAUUUUGGUAGGAAAACUUGGUAGCCGUAAUCAUUCAACUACGAAUUUUAGCGAGAAUGUCCUAGUGGCGGAAACAAGUUAUCAACGGUUAGAAGUUUUAUCAUCAUACGAUCGGGAGAGCGCUUAACCUUCCUCAUUAAAAAUAACCGUGCUAACUUUUGUGGUGAAAGAAAAAGUGCAAUAAAGCUUUCCAGGGUGUAUAAUUCUUUAGAAUACGCGAAUUGAAAUAAAUAAUAGAGUGGUUUUCGUUUGAGUGUCGUAAAACCAAAACCAAAGUAAUUACUCUGGCCAAUCACAUAGGACACAGACAAUACAUUGAACCAAUCAAAACUCGAAGUAAUUACAUGUGGCUGACGCAAAGCGCGGGAAAAUGCAUGAGAGCGCGUCACAAUUGGCUUUGGUUUCACUUCUGAUUAGAUGAAAAGGUGGCGCGAAUCUUUUAAGCCAGUCGCAUCGUGUAGAAAGUGCAAAACCAAUUACUUUUCGACACUCAAAUGAAAACCGCUCUAUCAUAGGUGACGAAUUACUCCUAAAAUUUGGCGCGAAAUUUCAGCGCAAGCAAAAAAAAUAAUUCCUCAUUAAAAAUAACCGUGCUAACUUUUCUGGUGAGAAAAAAAGUACAAUAAGGCUCUCCAGGGUGUAUAAUUCUUUAGAAUACGCGAAUUGCUCCUUAAUUUUGGCGCGAAAUUUCAGCGUUUAUUUGUAAUUUCACAUGUGAAAUUACAAAAUUGCCAUGGCAACCCUCCGUACGUCUCAGUGUCAAGUUAAAAUGCCGUGAAUGAAGAUGUCAGGGCACAAAAAGACGCUUUGAACACACAAGAGAACAUCAGGAAGGAUUCUAACAGGUAUUUUCCCGAAAACGUCUGAAAAAUUCUGGAUUUAUUUCUUUAUUCAUUUGACAGAGUGAAGUUCUCGAUCGAUACGAUCCAGGAUAAACAUGUCAAAAAUCCAAGAUUGCUAACGUAAUUCGUCACCCAUGAUAUAAAUAGGUAAUCAAAUGGUAUACUCGUGAAAUUAGGGAAUAAUUUCACGCGCGUUUUGUCAAAAUCCUUAUAAUUUCCCGAGCCUUUAGGAGAGAGAAAUUAUAAGGAUUUUGACAAAACGCGCGUGAAAUUAUUCCCUAAUUUCACGAGCAUACCAUUUGAUUACACAUGCUAAUCUCGUCCUCGUAGUCCUCGUACUCGUCCUGGAAUCUAAAGAGUCUCUAUUCAACAAAACAAAAUAAGCAGGUUUGUUAGGCUAACACUUGCGCCGUGAUCUCUCCACAACUGCUACUUUAUUUUACUCCGGUGGGCAGACCAUAAUUUCACUUCUGUAUCACCUACAUAAGUCACUCAAAAGCAAUCAUAUCAUAUAUAGCCAUUUACGUCCCUCUCAACUGCCGAGAAACCUCUCGACCACGGCCAGUUAGAAGCGUACAAACUGAGUACGCUAUGUACCUUAAUCUUUUACUCGGUCUGUUUUGUCUUUAUUUUUAUAGUCUAAGUCAUUCAAAAUCAGUGUCCAAUCACAUCCCUUCAUCCAUGUUCCUCGAACCUCCCAAGCAGGGCCUUUCCCGUCCCUUCCAUUUUCUAAGGAAAAAAACCCUGGGGAUGUCCCGCCCGACCGCUUGCAUUUUCUAAGGAAAAAUACCCUGGGGAUGCCCUCCUUCCACUUUCUAAGGGAAAUAACCCUGCGGUUGGCAACUUAAACCAAAUAGACCACUUUCGACAAGUAUUAAAUUCAGCAUGAUAGCGAGUCUUAUAGGACAGAGACUCUUUAUCAUUUGUGGGGAGGAGCAUUGCGUGGUGACACAAAGAACGGCUGUUGUAGACUAGAUUGGCUCAUGUACGUGACUGUUGCCCACUUCACACUAUUACAAUCUAACUAUUAGAAAGUGUUCCAUAUGUAAAAUAGAAUCAUUCUAUCAUCUGAUUCACGAGGAACAUAAUAGAACCACUUAAGGCAACAAAUUUCUGGCAGUGAGCACUCUUAAGGUCUAUCUAUAAUAGCGGGAAGUGGGAUUAGGUAGGGGCGGCACCAGGGAUGGAGCUUGUAUUCCCGCUCGUGGUUCAUCUCUUCUGGGUAGGUCUGUAUUCAGUAUACAAUUGUGGCCGGUAAAACAUAAAACAUCUCCUCUAUGCGAGGAAAAUUGAAGGGCACCAUAAAUAAAAUUCGUCAGGAGCCAUAACCUAGAGCGUGUAGCCCCCCAUACUUAUCCUACGCAACGGCGUUUUCCGGCAGAUCAAGUUAUUUUAAGCAUCAUUUUUUCAGCACCUUUUCCCGCGAAAAUGGAAACAUCUUUCCGUAUGUGUGCCCAUCAGUAGUACCAUAUUUGCAAAAAGAAGAGGUAAAUGCUUCCAAAAUAUCAGGAAUACUUUUUUCUACUGUCCGGUUUUUAAUGCAUGACUGAUUUUUAAGACAAAUUUGAUAUUCAAAAUUUGCAGGAAAAUCGAUCUAAAAUAAACUGGUCUGUGAUGAAUCCGUUGCAUGGCACAAGGGAGUUACUCGCUCCUAGUUAUGGGCUCCAGAGUGCGUGUAAUUGGUCAAUUCACUUUGAUUUAAAUCUGUUUUUUAGCGAGAGCGAUAAUAAACAGAAUGGAGCCAUUGGUAUCCAACAUUAAAGAAAGCGAAACCGUGUCGGUUGACUGUUAUGCAAGUGGAAUCCCAGCCCCUGACUACUUCUGGAAAUUCUUAAAAAACAUAACGGGUAAGCAGACAUACCAGGUAGCAGUCAUACCGUGUAAGCACUGAGAUAUAUUGGGUAAGACAACAUGCAUGCCCUCGGGAAAGCAGACAUACCGGGUACCAGAGAUAACGGAUAAGCGGAAAUAACCGGGUAAGAAGACAUACCGGGUAAGAGGACAUACAGGGUAAGCGGACACACCAGGUAGGCAGACAUAAAGGGUAAGCAGACGGGUAGCAGACAUAACGUGUAAAAAGACAGGGGGUGUUUGCAUAAGAAAACUCGCAUCGGCGCGAGCUUCAUACCGGGAUGACCUUUUGAUUUUGUAUCCCGUUUACAUGAUAACUGGGUCAUUUCAUAUCUCGUUAUUUGAGGGUACACUUCAUGUCAAUAAAAUAUACGUGUGAUUCAAAAUCGCGAACAUUACGCAUGCGCUACCCGUUCCAGUCCACCGGCAGACCGAUUUCACACCGAAACGUGUGUUUGUUUUGCGUUUACAUGGUACCGUUGCGAGUUUUCGUACCGGAGCGAAAUUCUCGCCCCGGUACAACAACCGGGGUGAACUCACGCCGGGGUGACUCGCGCCGGCAUAACAUUUUGUGGUGGUAUCAUGUAAACAAAUGUAGAGCCAUGAGAGGGAACCGGAGUGAACUCGCUUCGGGGCGAAAGUCGCCCCGGUGUCAUGUAAACACCCCCUAUAUACAGAGUGGCAGAUAUACCAGAACAAAAUUGCUAUUUCUCCAAAGUGAAAAACGUCUUCUGAUUGGACGAGAAUGUGCCACCUGCCAUGUGUCAAGAAAAGCUGUCAAAUUUUCAGCUGUUUUUUUUUUUGGUUUUUCCUUGGAGACAGUCAUUAACUGGGAGUGUUGUUUUCUAGUGCCACGCUAACGGCAUUUCAUUUCUUUGAAGCGAGUUUCCUUGGCAAGAUGUCCCAGGCCGAAAUCGAAGACGGCAGUGGUGCGGUGAUUGGCUCCAAGCUGACCAUCACUGGUGCUACGUAUGAGAACUCUGGUUCAUAUGAGUGCCGUGCUACUAAUACACAUGGAGAGGACAAACAAAUUGCACAGAUUAAUGUGGCAAAAGUGAUUGACGUCGGCUCUGGCUCCUUGGACGAACCGUUUUAUUAAGGUACGAUUUGCCUUACCUCUCUCCUUCACCGAGGCUUCCUUGUGUGUUAGGAAGUCUGGGGAGAGUAAAAACCCCAGAGGACGAUGGGAAGAGGAAAGAAAGGAAGAAAGGUUCCCCCUUUUUUCUUUUCCCAUCGUCUACCGCAGGCUUACAAUUUUUAAUAUUGGAAUACCCGACAGGAACCUCUACGGAAGAGAGACCUUGUUUAUUUCAGACAAUACAACAAUUAGUUUUAAUUACAAAUUAGAACUUUGCCCGACAGGAAAUGGGAGUGAGGAAGUGAUUUCAUUGGAUGAUCAUACAUGCGAUUUAGCGACGUAGAUGCCAGUUGCUGGCCCAACGACAUAGACCCGCGACUAAAAAAUGUUCAAGGCCGGAUCUGCUUGCAUGGUGUCCAAAAAGAGAAAACUUAAGUGUCAUUGUCUGAGAAAGUGUUCCAGGGGCCAAAAGUUGUGGUCAACCGAUUUGGCUGAAACUUGGCGAAGAAGUUGGGUAUAAUGAGAUAUUUCAAAAGCCACUUUGGCUCACUUCUCUGAGUUUUAGUUUUGGAGUUACAGGGGGGGUCUCAUUUUUUGCCCUUUGAGCACCAAAAAUCCAGCCUUCCAGGGGGCAUUUUGAAAGUGUGAUAAGACCCCACUGGUAAAAUGUGCUGCCAAAUGAAUUUGGCCAUGAACUCUACUAUAAUAGAGCUUUCAGUUCAUGCACGUAACUUUGUCCUCAAGGUAUUGCACAGAGAGGGGCCUGGGGCUAGAGUUUGGCCAAAAUAGCCAUUUUUCAAAAUUUCACUAUAUUCACCUGCCUUCUUGCAUAACUUCCAAACCUAUGCCACUGUUUACUUUAGUCGCCCAGUUAUCAAAAUCAGUUGAGAAAAAUUUGGCUUAUUAUGGUUUAUUGAAUUUUUGGAACAAACACUUCAUGCCCCUCUAAGGCGAUGCAAAAUGGAAUUUUGAGCCUAAUUCAGGCCAUAAACAAACCAAAUUGUUGACAAGAAGCCCUUAUUCUGUAUUUGGUAAGUGAAAAUGAAUUGUCAAAGCCAAAUCAGUUUCGUUGUUUAGAAAUACACCGAUUCUUACCUUAAAAAUUGAUCUAAACGGGGCCUCUGAUUAGCGCAACAAACACGUAAUUUAGCAAAACAAAGGUGAUUUUAUUCUUUGAAAACCUAGUAACCACCAUAGAACACAAAUGAUGAUGUUCUGAUGUACAUAUAACAAUCUUUUUACAAGAUGCUUAAAUUUUUCUUUGAUUUAUAGUCAGUUUCACGUCAUAUUUCUAAGCAUUACUCCAAGCAUGAAAAGUCUCCAUAUUUUGUCAGGCCCAUUUUUUAAUAUUUUUACCAGACAAAUUUAGCUUAUCAAAAGGUUCGUUAACAUAUAAUCUUCGUCUGACCUUGUAAUAGCCUGAAUAAAUGUUUUAAAUACCCAUCAGCGAAGGAGCAUGACCAUACAUACGUAGAGUAGACAGACAUAUACGAGCUUCAGUGAGCAGUAUCGAGGUGAACUGUGAUUUUCCGAGUCCUUUAGAGCUGAAAAAAUGAAACCAUCCAUCCACGGUUAGGAGAGCUGGAUAACAAAAAGCUUGCUUUGCUUUUAUAAAGAAAAUAACCCAAACAAAGCCUCGCAUUGAGAUGAUGCACUUGUUAUUACAUCAAGUUAGCUGGCCCGCCAUUUUGGACUUGAAGAGUGUGGGGACUGGACCGAGUUCCCGUCCAAUCCUUCUCCCGUUUUUCGCGGGAAUUUUUUCUGUUUUUCAUCAGGUGUGUUCGAAAUUCUAGAAAGCGAUCUGUUUCAGAAUAAUUUUAUUUUCGAUGGCACUUUAUUCCUUUGGAGGAGUAAAUGACCAGUGCGGUGUCACGUCAUGGGCUGUGCAAGAAACAGGAAUGCUUCCUUUGUUGUCUUGCGAUAGUGACAUGACUGCAUGGUUGAAGCACAAGUAGAAGGGUUCAGGUGUGUCCGGAGAAGAAGAGGAAGAACUGGCGAUGCCAAAGCUACAGGUGAUUCAAAUAUCAGUUAGGGAUCAUAUACGCGCACAAAUGGCUUUUAUCGUGAUCUAGGCCACUCUUCUGACUGAAGAGAGAUUUAGAGACGACGAUAUGUAAUUUACGAUACUGUCGUCUCAAAUUGUUUGUUUAUGGUUGAUUGAUUCCCAUGUUAAUAUCCUUGGUCCUUAAGAAGAGCACUAAACAUUCAUCAAAUUUGUCCAAACAAAAAACAAGUACGAUAAGAAUAACUUGAAGGCUGUUUUUUGUCUGCUCGAGCUUCUUGUUUACAUUAAGCUUGUCGCCUGCACACGCUUAUCUUGCAAUGCACAAUUCAGUUACCGGUUUCCAUUAUUUACCCUUUUCGUCGAAGAUCUUUGCAAACAUGCUGCAUCUAAGUUUUUCGAUGAAAUUGACAUUUUCAGGGAGAAAAUGUCUCUAAAACGUCGUCGCAAAAUCGACCGAAUUAGUUGAUAUUAUUGGAUUUGCUUGGAAUAAUGCAUAGGCAAUGAAUACACACAUGUCGUACUUGAAUGGGAACUGACUCUGAAUCGUUCUGGAAGAGCACGGAAGAUUUGUGUAUAUUUGUAGAAAAAAUUGUUUCAUUAUUUAAUUAAAAAAUUAUUUAAAAUAAUGUUAACUACUCAAUUAAAAGAAUAAUGAAAAAAUAUACCUAAAUAAGAGUGUUAUCUUCUAAAACUCUCUAAAAUUCCCUAAAAAACUCAUAAAAUUUUUAUUCUUUUUUGAUAGCGAGGGCCUCUUUUGGUGAAUAACCGCUGAUUAAUUGUAGUGUAGAUGACUGAUGAAAAACUGCUGAUUUGUUGUGCUCAGUGAACAGUACUCUAGACACUGUUGUAGCAUGUGGGUGGACUGAGCCCUCCUCUUGGUUGGUAGGAAAACAGAAAAAUAAAAACGUUUUUUCAACGUUUCUGCCUGUGAAAUGUUGCUAUUCAGUAUUCUCCUAUAUAUACUGCUAUUUAAGUUCUAGUAUUUGUCAAUUUUUUUCUAAUAUUCUUGAGAUUUUCUAAAAUUCAUUUUCGUGUCUAAAAUUUCCAAAACAAUUCCUGCGGAAUUAUGUAGCUAAGCCUAUUUUAAGUUCACUUGUCUUCGACGAAACAGGCAAAUAAAGGAGACCGGUGGAGUUUCAAUGCAAGCUGGCUCGAAUUGUGCAUUGCCAAACUUAGCCUUGCUUGAUAAGCGUGCCCACGUGACAAGCUGAAUGUAAACAGACAGCUCGAGCAGACAAAAAACAGCCUUCAAGUUACUUCUAUUAUUGUUAUUGUUAUUAUUUUUUUUUUUGAUAAAGAUAUUGCUGCGAUGAGUUUGUUGAAUGUUUAGUGCUCCCUGUGCUCUUCGUAAGGACCCAGGAAAUUAACAUGGGAAUCAAUCAACCAUGUGAACAAACAAUUUGAGACGGCAAUGUCGUAAAUUAUAUAUCAUUGCAGUCUUUCUUCAAGCAAAAGAGUCCCGUAAACUGCGAUAAAAAUCAUCGCUUCUACUUGUGCUUUAGCUAUGCAGCCAUGUCACUACCGCAAGACAACAAAGGAAGCAUUCCUGUUUCUUGCACAGCCCAUGACGUGACACCGCACUGGUCAUUUACUCCUCCAAAGGAAUAAAGUGCCAUCGAAAAUAAAAUUAUUCUGAAACAGAUCGCUUUCUAGAAUUUCGAACACACCUGAUGAAAAACAGAAAAAAUUCCCGCGAAAAACGGGAGAAGGAUUGGACGGGAACUCGGUCCAGUCCCCACACUCUUCAAGUCCAAAAUGGCGGGCCAGCUAACUUGAUGUAAUAACAAGUGCAUCAUCUCAAUGCGAGGCUUUGUUUGGGUUAUUUUCUUUAUAAAAGCAAAGCAAGCUUUUUGUUAUCCAGCUCUCCUAACCUUGGAUGGAUGGUUUCAUUUUUUCAGCUCUAAAGGACUCGGAAAAUCACAGUUCACCUCGAUACUGCUCACUGAAGCUCGUAUAUGUCUGUCUACUCUACGUAUGUAUGGUCAUGCUCCUUCGCUGAUGGGUAUUUAAAACAUUUAUUCAGGCUAUUACAAGGUCAGACGAAGAUUAUAUGUUAACGAACCUUUUGAUAAGCUAAAUUUGUCUGGUAAAAAUAUUAAAAAAUGGGCCUGACAAAAUAUGGAGACUUUUCAUGCUUGGAGUAAUGCUUAGAAAUAUGACGUGAAACUGACUAUAAAUCAAAGAAAAAUUUAAGCAUCUUGUAAAAAGAUUGUUUUAUGUACAUCAGAACAUCAUCAUUUGUGUUCUAUGGUGGUUACUAGGUUUUCAAAGAAUAAAAUCACCUUUGUUUUGCUAAAUUACGUGUUUGUUGCGCUAAUCAGAGGCCCCGUUUAGAUCAAUUUUUAAGGUAAGAAUCGGUGUAUUUCUAAACAACGAAACUGAUUUGGCUUUGACAAUUCAUUUUCACUUACCAAAUACAGAAUAAGGGCUUCUUGUCAACAAUUUGGUUUGUUUAUGGCCUGAAUUAGGCUCAAAAUUCCAUUUUGCAUCGCCUUAGAGGGGCAUGAAGUGUUUGUUCCAAAAAUUCAAUAAACCAUAAUAAGCCAAAUUUUUCUCAACUGAUUUUGAUAACUGGGCGACUAAAGUAAACAGUGGCAUAGGUUUGGAAGUUAUGCAAGAAGGCAGGUGAAUAUAGUGAAAUUUUGAAAAAUGGCUAUUUUGGGUUGUAAUUUUAACAUCAAUUUUGGCCAAACUCUAGCCCCAGGCCCCUCUCUGUGCAAUACCUUGAGGACAAAGUUACGUGCAUGAACUGAAAGCUCUAUUAUAGUAGAGUUCAUGGUCAAAUUCAUUUGGCAGCACAAUUUACCAGUGGGGUCUUAUCACACUUUCAAAAUGCCCCCUGGGAGGCUGGAUUUUUGGUGCUCAAAGGGCAAAAAAUGAGACCCCCCCCUGUAACUCCAAAACUAAAAAUCAGAGAAGUGAGCCAAAGUGGCUUUUGAAAUAUCCCAUUAUACCCAACUUCUUCACCAAGUUUCAGCCAAAUCGGUUGACCACAACUUUUGGCCCCUGGAACACUUUCUCAGACAAUGACACUUAAGUCGAAAGACGCCAUUAGGACUAUGCCUUACUGACCCAACAAUAACAAAAACAUUAAUAAUAUGAUUUUUGUCACUUUUUACUUACAGAAACGUAUAGAUGUUUGAGAGAACUGGACAUGCUGUUUAGCGUAAAUCUUUCCCGAACUAGAUAAAAGCAAACACUAUAACUGAACUAUAACAUCAGCA